UAUUUUUAAUAUUUUUGAAAUAACAGAUAUAGUGGUAGGCUUAAUAAUAGUUGUAAUAUAUGUAGUAGUAGAUAUAAUAGAUGUAGUAGUUGGCAUAGUAGUAGUUAAUAUAGUAGUUGGCAUAGUAGUUAGUAUAGUAGUUGUUAGUAUAGUAGUUGGCAUAGUAGUUAGCAUAGUUGUUGCAAUAAUAAUAGUUGUAAUAUUAGUAAAUGUAAUAUUAAAUAUAGUAAAAAUAACAGUAGAUAUACAAUUGUACUCACAGAAUUAUUGA